GGGCCCCGAGGCCCCGGCGGCGCAGCCUGCGGUGCUGCCGGCUCGCGGCUCCGGCUGGCUGGCAGCCGAGUCCCGUCCGCGAACGUUUCACCCAGGCGCUUUGUGCGGGGACGGGGCUGUGUCGCUGACCGAGCCGGAGGCUUUCCCAAGCGGCGGCCGCCUCUGUCCCCGUCAGUCUCCAGCCGGAGGGACCGUGCCCCGGCCGGGCGACGCUGCUCUCUCGCUUGCUUCGGGCCCCCUUGCUUAUUCUGCCACCUCUCUUUCCAGCUUCCUGCCCCUUCAGGCUUCCCAGCCCGGCGUGCCUGUUCCUUCAAGCAUCGUCCAGUGUCAGACACGACGGGCAUGUGGCGGGGCCCGCAGCAUCCCCGCCCUCAGGGGCUCCCUGUCCUGUGCUCUGUGCUGGCCGCUUGGGCAGUCUAUCUCCCCCAACGUUUGCCAGGCGCCCCCAGUCUGCCAAGCUCAGUCUCAGGACAGUGGGUCGCGCCUACAGCUGUUGCCCUGGGUUCAGCGUUCACACAGCCCGUGGGGCUCAUCCUUGUCCUCUAGUUGCUGCCACCACACGCUGCUCUUUCUGCGCUGGGUGACCAGCUUGGUCGUGGCCACACUGGUGUCCAUCACUCUCCCCGCUGUGCUGGUCGCAGCCUCGGAGCAGGCAGGACCCAUUCAGGCGGAAGUCAUGGAUAUAGAUGCUGAACGAGAAAAAAUAACACAGGAGAUCAAGGAGCUCGAAAGGAUUUUGGAUCCCAGCUCCUCAAGUAUCCACGUGGAGGUCUCGGAGUCAAGUCUCGAAUCGGAUGGUGACGCAGAUUCAUUGCCCGAUGAGGACUUGGACACUGCUGUUCCCCCCAUCUCGGAAGAAGAAAAGUGGGGUGAAGGCAGUAAUGAUGAGGACGACCCUAAGGACAAAAUGCUCCCCGAAGACCCAGAGACAUGCCUGCAGCUCAACAUGGUCUACCAGGAGGUCAUCCAAGAGAAGCUGGCAGAGGUCAGCCUGCUGCUGGCCCAGAACCGGGAGCAGCAGGAGGAGGUCACGUGGGACCUGGCGGGGUCCAAAGGCCCCAAGGUAAAGGACGGCAAGAGCCUGCCCCCGAAUCUGUACAUAGGGCACUUCAUGAAGCCUUACUUCAAGGACAGGGUCACCGGAGUGGGGCCACCUGCCAAUGAAGACACGCGGGAGAAGGCUGCCCAGGGCAUCAAGGCUUUUGAGGAUCUUCUGGUGACCAAAUGGAAGCACUGGGAGAAGGCUCUGCUCCGGAAGUCAGUGGUCAGCGACCGCCUGCAGCGUCUGCUUAUGCGAGUCGGCAGCCACAUCCCCUACCGCAAAAUUGUCUACUACAUGGAAGGGAGGGACUCGAUGCAACUCAUCUACCGGUGGACCAAGAGCUUGGACCCCAACCUGAAAAGAGGCUGCUGGGCCCCAGAGGAGGACGCGAAGUUGCUUCAAGCGGUUGCCAAAUAUGGGGAGCGGGACUGGUUUAAGAUCCGGGAAGAGGUGCCAGGGAGGAGUGAUGCCCAGUGCCGAGACCGAUAUCUCAGAAGGUUACAUUUCAGCUUGAAAAAAGGACGAUGGAAUUCAAAAGAAGAGGAGAAGUUAAUUGAACUAAUAGAGAAAUACGGCGUUGGUCACUGGGCAAAAAUAGCUUCUGAACUCCCCCAUCGGACGGGCUCCCAGUGUCUGAGCAAGUGGAAAAUCAUGGUCAGGAAGCAGCAGCGUCGGGGGAGGAGGCGGCGGCCGCCCCCUCGCAGCGUCCGGUGGAGCUCCAGCAGUGAGGACAGCAGCUCUAGCAGCGGGGACGGCAGCUCCAGCAGUGGGGACGGCAGCUCCAGCAGUGGGGACUCGGAGCCAGAGCCGGAGCCGGAGGAAGCCCCGGAAACCCAGGCGUGUGGCCAGGCGCUGCCGUCAGCACAGCACACAGUGCCGGACAUGGACCUGUGGGUUCCUGCCAGACAGAGCGCCAGCGAGCUGUGGCAGGGAGCUGCAAGGGGCCAGCCAGGACACUCGGCUGCCUCCCCCAGCCCUCCCAAGGGCUCCGAGGCAGCCCCAGGUGGCAGCAGAGCAGUGGGCAGCGCAGUCUCAGCUCCUUCCAGCACCUACAGCGCUGGCCUGAAAGGUGUGGGGUACCCGUGCUCCACAGACACUCAGCCCUCGAGCUCAGAGGGGCCCGCAGAUGAGAGUGAGCGGUGUCAGCUAAAGGUACCCCUGGAGACUGUGCUGCGGGUGCUCAGGACCAACACAGCCACUGGGCGCCGGACGCUGAAGGAAAAGCUGAAGCAGCCAUGCCCGUCCAGCUCGUCCCCAGGGCCCUGCCCCGCUGGCAGCAGCUCGGCCAGGCCUCGUGUGCGGCAGCCGUGGCAGCAGCCCCGGGGACAUGCCCUGCAGAGGAGGCUCCUUGAACGCAGGCUUCUGAUGGCCGUGAGCCCCUGGGUGGGUGACGUCGUCCUGCCCUGCACCCCCCGGAGGCCCGCCACGCACACUCAAGCUGAUGUCAUCAGGAUGCAGCUGCAGGACGCCCAUCUGGCCAGCACCCCGGUUUUCACCGUCUUUAUCCAGCUGUUCCAGAUCGACACUGCUGGAUGCAUGGAGGUUGUUCGGGAGAGGAAGGCCCGGCUGCCCACCCUGCCUCCGGCUGGCACUCAGGACCCACCGUGGCGGCCCCCGCAGGAGCCCCAGAGUGCCCGGAGCACCCCAGGUGGCCUCUUGCAGAACGUGCCAGCCCGAGAAGCUGCAAAGAGCUCCAGCUGCAGAGGGAAUGCGGGGCUGCAGACCUGCCGGGCCGCGUCCACUCCGCAGGCGCCCCCUCCGGCUGCGUGCGGCCCUCGGCCCAAGCCCAAGACUGUGUCCGAGCUGCUUCGGGAGAAGCGGCUGCGAGAGGCCCGAGCCCGAAAGGCCGCCCAGGGCCCCGUGGUUCUCCCGCCCCAGCUGCUGGUCUCACCAGUGAUCCUCCAGCCCCCUCUGCCGCUGGCCUCCCAUGGCGUUCCAGCCACAGGGCCGGCCGUCCCAACCUCGGCACUCUCUGGGCCUGGGGCCCCCGCAGCAGCCAGUCCAAGUACUUCAGGCUCCUGGGCCUCGGCCAAAGACAAGGGACCCCCCACCCUGCAAGCCUUGGCCAUUGCUCCUGCCUCCACUGUGGCUGUGACGGCCCCAGCUGGCCCUGCUGCGUCCAGGGCCCCGGCUCUGGGCCCCGGCCAGGUCCCUCUCAGCUGCCACCUGAGCAGCCUUGGACAGUCGCAGGCCCCUGCCACGUCCCGGAAGCAGGGGCUGCCUGAGGCGCCACCCUUUCUCCCUGCAGCCCCCAGCCCCACUCAGCUGCCCGUGCAGCCCCUCAGCCUGACACCAGCCCUGGGCACCCACAGAAGCGGACCACACAUGGCAGCCAAUGGCCCUCUGCCUGUCACUUUGGUGCUUACAGCCCAAGGGCUGCUCUCUGUGCCCAUGCCAGCCAUGGUGGGCCUUUCCGAGCCAGCAGGGACGCCUGACCCCAAAGGGCUGUUGGUGACUCUGUCAUCCUCCGUGACUGAGACUCAGGCAGGCCAGGGUCUGUUCAGCACGGACACGGAAUCGGAGCCUCUUUCCAGGACAGACCUCGUGAUCCCUUCAACGCCCCUGCCAUCCCAAAGCCCUGCAGAAGUGGACAGUGACAGGACCUGUGCCUCUGGGGGACUCUCUUCCCCUGGAGAGGCCCAAGUAGCCGGGGAGACAGGCUCCCAGGCUGUGUUCCUGGCUGACCACCCCAAAGCACAGCCCAACCAGCUGCCUCCACGAGGUAGUGCUGGCCCAGAAAAUGGCCUGGGAGGGACCCUGGAGUCCCCCUCAGAGCAAGGGGAGACCAGGGGGCCUCCGGACUUGGAGAGGCAUGCCACACCCCGGCUUGGGCCUGAGAAGGGUGCCCUGGACCUAGGCCUCCUCUCCCAGGAGAGUGAGGUGGCCGUGCGGGAGUGGCUCAGGGGACAGCGGGGGGUGUGUAUGUCCCCCCUGAGGAGCAGGCUGCCCUACCAGCCCCCCACCCUGUGCAGCCUGCGCACACUGUCCGGCCUCCUACUCCACAAGAAGGCGCUGGAGCGCAGAGCUGCCUCCCUGGUGGCGCCCCGUGGGGCAGCGGGAGCCCUGCAGCCCUCGCUGGGACAGCUGCAGUGCAACCCGGCCUACCUGCUGCUGAAGGCACGCUUCCUGGCGACCUUCACCCUCCCGGCGCUUCUGGCCACCCUGCCCCCUCAUGGUGUCCCCACCACCCUGUCAGCAGCCAUGAGUGCGGACCCUGAGAGCGAGGAGAGCGAGGAUGCCAAGAGCGAAGACGACGGCCUAGGGCAGCUGGAACUCCCUGAUGGCCACAGGCAGCUGGGCUGCAGGGCAAGCGGCAGUCCCCAAGAAGGGCCGGCGGCCACAGCCCCUGUUCAGGGAGCCCCAGACCCUGGCGAGGGCUCUGCCCCCUCCUGCCCAGACGAUUCUGAUGACUUGCACGUGCUCAGGACCCGGCACGCUCGACAUGCCCGGAAGCGGAGGAGGUUGCUGUGAGCAGCAGGGACUUCUCGGCCUGGACGCCCACAGUUGCUGCAAUGGGGUGGGGCCGGCCGGCCAGGAACCCAGCACCCACCCCAAAGGAGAAAGCGGCCAGGGACCAGUAGUGACCGCCUUGUCACGGGAUCAGCUAGACCCAAGUGCAAAUUGGAAUAUUUGAAGGAAUUAAGUAAACGUCCUAUUUUUUUAAUUAAAAAGCAAGCCACAGGCUCUUGGGGUCUUAGUCCUGAGAUACGAGGCGGCGUGCAGAAGGGUUCGGCCUCCACGGGGCCGUGGCGGGGGAGAGGCCGCAGCCUUUUCACGACAAGUGCUUGUGGCCGCCAGCCAUCUGCAGAGAUGAGGGGGACCUACUUCCUCUGCUGUCCAGACCACACUGGCCAACCAGGCGCUCUUCCUUUUAUGUGGGCAUUUCUUCAGCAUAGGACCGAGUCCCAGCACAGUCUCCAUCCCUCUGUCCCAAGGACAACGGCUGCGGUUCAGUUUACAGCCUCUGAGGCACAUGGCUCCGGUUCGCUCUCGUGACUGCUUCACCAGUUUAUCGAAAGUUUCCAACAGAGAAAUAAAAUAAGUGUGCCCAGUGUG